UGUUUGAAACGUCACUUGGAUCACUAGCAGCCAUUUUGUUUAAGGUUUCGACUUUUCUCUCGUUUCGACGUCGUGUUUUAAUAUGGCUUAAAACCUGUUGUAUUUUGUUUAUUUGAAUACGUUUAUAAAUUUAUUUUGUGUUUUUCGAGUUAAAUCGUUAGAAACAUCUCAGUCUUUGUACUUGCGUAUAUAUAUUUUUUUUAAGAAAAGCUAAUAGCUAUCUGGCUAACUAAAUCAACCGCUUUAGCUAGCUUGCUAGCACCGUGAUUUUGCCCGCAGCAAAAUGGCGACGAAUGCGACACCACAGACUCCGACGGCAACUUGGCCGUAUGGGGGCAGUACUGCAACAGAGACGCCUGUUCAUGAAAACCCUGAGUGGGAGAAAGCGAGACAGGCGCUGGCCUCCAUCAGCAAGAGCCAGAACUCCACCAAGACACCUGCAAAUAACCACACCAACACACAGGCUGGACAUUAUCAAGCAGCAGUGACGGACACUUCAGCGAUGCAGCAACAAACACCGUACUACCAGUGGUACCCACAGAACCAGCAGCAAUAUACAGGAUACUCUUACCCAUACAGCUACUAUUACCCAGUGCCUCCAUAUGGAGGACCAUAUAACUCAGGUCAGUAUGGUGUUCCUGGAGCCUACCAACAAUCGACAGCUCCUACUGCACAGCACACUGGCAUGGCUGGACUGAAGGAUCAGACUUCUGGUUACCAAUGUGAAGCACAGCCUCCACCUCCUGAUGCCCCCCAGCCUCCUCCACAAAGUCCCACAAGCACUGACCAGCCUCCACCUCCCCCUCCCCCUCCCAUACCUCCCCCACCCAAUUCUCAGUACCCACCACCCCCCUCUCCAUCCCCUUAUAAUUCUAAUGGAGCGCUGUCUUAUAGCUCUACUGACUCCAAUGCUGUGAGGAAUUACAAUUAUGGGCAGAAUAGACAAGGAUACCAGGGCUUUCAGGCUUCAACUUACCAGACAUCCCAGCAGCAGGGGACAGCACCAGGCUUGUAUGGUGGAGCAGGUCUAGGGGAUUCUAGCAAGAAAGCCAAUAAUGCAAAUGUGAACAAAAUCGGGCAGCAGAUGUGGAACCGCAUGAAACAGGCUCCUGGAACUGGAGCUGUGAAGUUUAACAUUCAGAAGCGCCCAUAUGUAAUGACCACUCAAAAUUUUGGAGUUGGUGAGCAGGCAAAUGGAUUGUCUAUAUCCUCCACCACAACAACAGCAACUUCUGUGUCUUCAGUAACAACAGCUUCUACUGCAGGAGCUUCUCAGACUGGGCCUCAAGACUGGCCCCAGGCCAUGAAGGAAUAUGUGCAGCGUUGCUUCACAGCUUGUGAGACAGAGGAAGACAAAGACAGGACGGAAAAAGUGCUAAAGGAAAUUCUACAGAGCAGACUGCAAGAUGGCUCAGCCUUCACCAUUGACUGGACUAGGGAGCCCCUGCCAGAGGUGAAACCUAGGCAGUCUCGUUGGGAGGUAGCACCUCAGCGCUCUCAAGAAAACACACUCAGCCGAGGGGGAGCAACACGAGGUAAGGGUGGUGGUCGACUGGGCAAUUACAGAAAUGUGUUCUCUCAAAGGAGUCCCUCUUCCAGCUCUUCCCACUCUUCUUCACGGUCGCCAUCUCCUCACAGCCGUUACAGAGAGAAGAACAGACAUCGCCGCAGUGAUUCUGGCUCUCAGUCUGACAGCAGCAUGUCGAGUGAUCUUCGACCAUUUUCUCGACGGCAGCGGGCUGGGAGAGGUCGUGGGGAAGAGAGGGAAAAGGGGAGAGGAGCAGCAGUAGAAAGAGGCAGGGGGAGAGGAGGAAAAGGGAACCGAGGGCGAAGGAAUGAUGAUUUGGCUGGUGUUCUUGGUAAAAAACGGAAGGGUGGAACAGCAGGCCUGGACUUCCACGACCCGAACCGCGAGGCCAAGAAGCAGAGCCGGGCAGCACGAUUCCACACCAAGCGCACCGAGCCACUGCUACUGAAUAUCAAUGCUAUUGAGCUCCCAAAUGCCUCACAGGAGGGCCUCAGCUGGGAUGAAUGUCCCAUUGUGGGUACCUGCCAGGACAUCACCAAAAACUAUCUGCGUUUGACCUGUGCCCCUGAUCCUGCCACCGUGCGACCUGUGUCCGUGUUGCGCAAGUCUCUGACUGCAGUGAAGGCUCACUGGAAGACCAAUCAGGAUUAUCCAUAUGCCUGUGAACAGAUGAAAUCGAUUCGGCAAGACCUCACUGUCCAAGGAGUACGAACAGACUUCACAGUAGAGGUCUAUGAAACCCAUGCACGGAUUGCCCUGGAGAAGGGUGACCAUGAGGAGUUUAACCAGUGCCAGACGCAGCUGAAAGAGCUUUACAAAGAGUGUCCAUCGAGCAACAUCGGAGAAUUCACUGCUUAUAGACUGCUGUACUACAUCUUCACUAAAAACUCUGGAGAUUUGACCACAGAGUUGGUAUAUCUCACCCCCGAGCUCCGGCAGGAUGGCUGCGUGUCCCACGCUCUUGCGCUCCGUGCCGCAUGGGCACUUGGAAACUACCAUCGCUUCUUCUUACUGUACAAGACAGCACCACGUAUGGCAGCUUACCUCAUUGACAAAUUUGUGGAGCGUGAGAGGAAAUUAGCACUGAGGGCUAUUCUCAAAACGUUCAGGCCCUCUGUGCCGGUGGAGUAUGUACAGUCCAGUCUGGCCUUCCCUUGUUUAGAUACAUGUUUGAGUUUUCUGACAGGGCUUGGAGUAACAUUCGUUACAUCAGAUCCUAACAAGAUAGAUUGCAAAGCCAGCUCAGCUUGUCUCACCAUUUAAUAUUUUGCAGAAGGACAGAAUAUUUCAAAAUUGACAGGAACGAUGAGGGACCAGCUAUCUACAUAACAGCCAGCUUAACUUAGCUUAGACAGAUGACAAUGUUCAACAUUGAUCAGACUUAUUUAACUUAUUACUCUUAUAGAGUGUGACAUACAUACAGGGUGGACUGUAAAGACAUUCAUUUAAAUACCUAGUGUGACAAGCUGAUCUGCCUAUACUUGAAACCUCAGUAUUAAUGCUGGGAGAGAAGCUGCCCAUAUGACAAAUCCACACAGUAAUCGGAGAUAGACCAAGUGCAGUAAAACAUCGGCUCAGUAGAUUAUCUCUGACUUUCAGGCAGGGAAGUUGAGAUAGUUUGAAGAAAGUUUCUGGGUUUCCCAUUUCCCAGGCCUUGCAGAUCAUUUUGAAGCUAAUGGUGUUCUGUGUUUUAAUGUUUUUCUUCCCUCAAGCCAACAGCCUCAAAGCUCAUAUGAAGAGUCCAACAAACCAAGUUGUGAAGACAAAAAGCUGAUUCUGAAAGUUCCUGUUCAUCUCAAGACAAAGAUGGCUGCUGCAAGCUCUCCGUUCAAGAUUACAAGAUCCCAGAUUUGUUGUUUCAAUGGACUUAAUUUUGCAUAUAUGGUCGAUGCCAGUCUGGAGAGAAGAUGGUUUGUAUGCCUCAAUGUGUGUCUUCUUCCUGUAUCAAUUGUGGGAGUGGCAGAAGACGUCCAUUCGCAGUAGAGCAUUAUUCUAAGCCUUUCAUCCUAGUAAUUCCAGGUAUGGACUUUUAAAUAUGGAUCAUGCAACAUAGCAAGCUACAAUUCUGCACAGAGGGUUUUCCUUCAGCUUCCUACGUUGUUUCUGGUGCACCUACAGUAUAUGUCUUAUCGAGUUCCCUCUUCUUCAGCAUCUAGAAAAUGUAGCUCACUGAAAUGGCCAGGACUCUAAGGCAAAGUUAAAGGUGAUGCAGAUUUGCAGGAAAAUCUACAGAAUAUAGGACCACACAGUUGUGCUCCAUAAGUUUACAGCCUGAGUAUAUGUGGAGCUACAUGCCCAAAUCAACAGCAAUUUCAAGAUCAAGACGACCUACCAGAGAGAUGAUCCAGAGGGCAUCAGUUGCAGUGAAGACGACCGUGGCAGCAAAGUAACCUGUAAGGCAGCAGAUGUGUGACAAGUGCAGCUGUAUUCACCUAUGCAGGAUGACCUCAUUUUUGGAGCUCUUCUACUCUUGUCCCUGUAGGAGCUGAAAGAAUAAUGGGUUUGUAUCUGUUCCGAUUCUUUGCGCAUAUUUAUGCGUGGUAAGAAGAAGAGACUUGGCUGGUUAUAGAAUGAGAAGUAUUAGUCCAGCAGCAGAUACUGUAAUGAUUUUUAGAUGCCAUAUAUUUAUAUAAAUAAAUAAGGGGGGGGGGGUGUUGAAGGGUUUUUAAUAAUUUACUAUUUAAUGCAGGAUUGUGAGGCAAUUUAAUAGUAAGCCAAAGCAAAGGAUUUAAAGGAAAUUUUGCUGUGGGAUUACUUUGUAAGCAAUCGCUGUUUUUGUCCUUUGGAUUAAAAAAAAGGUUUAAAGAAUCUGGCCCAUGUAUGGUUCGCUUGUAGUGUUGGAGCCUAAAGAAGACCUGAAAUACUGGUAUUUAGUGCCCUUACAGAGCAGAGAUGUUUAUCAUUAGUGUAUCUUUGAGGUGAAGCUCUUGUGUCUAGAAGUGUAUAUAGUGUACAGAAACUUUAUUUAGCUUUUUUUUUUUGCCCCUGGGAUAAAUAGAAGAGAUUUCCUGUUAACACUGGUAAGUGUUCUUGUAAUUUAGACCUGUAAAUUUAAAUGAAAGCUUUUUUUUUUUCUUUUUUUUUCUGUUUUUUAAAACCAAAGUUUCAUUAAAUCCAAUUUUGAGUAAUGGAAAUAUGUAAGAUACAUGUGUAUAUAUAAAGUUGAGAUGAGAUGAAUAGAACAGUCUUUUUUUUUUUCCUGCUUCUGUUUGAGGUAAAAGAAUAAGCAGUACUAUAGAUAGUGAAGUAUGGCAAUUGCUUCUGGGAAUUAUUUAUAUUACUUUUUUUGGUAUUGUAAUAAUUCAACUUUUUAAUUGUACCAGGUUUUUUUUUUCCUUUUUCUUGUGGGUGAUUAGGUGUUUGUAACAGGUUUUGCUUAUUUUCUUCCCCCCCCCCCCCAUAUUUGUUUUUCAUCCAUGUUCUUUUAUUUUAACUUCCCCAUUUUCUUGCUUCAACUUUUUGCUUACUUACUGUCAGUUUUCCUGAACGUUUUUCCUUUUUUUUUUUUUCCCCUUCCAUGCUGGUUUUUUGGACGCUCACAAGAGAGCGAUUUAGUUUCAGUACGGUUUGCCCACAGCAGUUAACACCACUGUUACCCCUCUCUGUGCAACAAUGAUAGUCAAACAGUCUUAUUUAUAAAAAAAUAAUAAAGCAGAAAACAAAAUUAUUAAUACAGGGAGCAGGCAAGUUGUAUUAACUGAUGUUUGUUUUUUUUUUGUUUUUGCGCUUUUCUGUGAAACAUUUAAUUGCUUAGAAUAUGUAAGGAUAAGUAGUAACUUGCUUUGUUGCUUUUCCUUUCAUCAGUUCUGUAGAAUAUCUCAUUUUCAUCGUAUUUUUGUCUUUAAUUUGAUGGUAACAUAAAUGUCCUGUUAACGUAUUGCAAUAUUGACCAGAUGGAUUGUCCUGUGCUGCACUGAUCCUCUUCUAUCCUCCUUUUCUCCUGUUCUCUCAUGUUCUCCUUUUCUCAUUACCAGAUUUCUCUUUUGUCUUGCAGUCAUGCAUAAUGGAAGCUAAAGGAGGGAUGACAAAUGAAAGAGAAACGUGUAUCCAGAGUUGAACUGGAUGCUGAAAAGUGACCACACUGAACACAAAUGUAUUCACUUGGCUCAAGUCUGUUUGCAAUGUUUGUGCAUUUUUUCUUUAUAUAUAAAUAUAUAUAUCCAUCUGCACAGUUUUUAGCGGUUGAUCACACUGCAAAAUUUUCCCCACUACUGUCAGGGUUGUUAUAAAGUAAAUUGGUAUUUUCAGAUGUUUUGUUGCCCUUUUUUACAUUUUUUUUUUUUAUAUAUAUAUAUAUUCUGUUUUAAGUUUGUUAGCAAUUUUGGUUCUGGUUAUUUAGUGUCGGUCUGGGGAACCGGCCACAUCGGAGUGUAGCAUUUGCAGAUAUCCUCCUUCACCAGGUUGUUUUCAAGUGAAUGUAAAAAUUUAAUUUAGCUUAAAUGCUUUAUAUAAGAAUUAAUCAUUUAAAAAAAAGUUUACCCAUAGAUUAACAGUUCUUGUUUGUUUUGUGGUAAGAUAAUACUUUAUUUUCCUUGCCUCUUCUAAUGGUCCCAUCCCUCUGUGUAAAUGCAUUGUGCGCUCUCCCUCUGGUCCUCUUCUGAUUUGACUGCUUCCCAUCUCUUUAAUUCCAUAGUAAUUGUUUUUGCUUUAUUUGAUGCCUUUCCUCUUUGGUGAUGUUCACUUCUUAUAGGUUGUGUUCUUUAACUCGUUCUCGUCUCUUCUCCUUUAUUUUCUCUCCUCCCCCAUGUGCUUUAUAACGAUUAUGUAAGGGUCACGUAUGUGUGUUCGGCAGUAAGUAUUUCCCGCAUUUUCUGAUUGCUUCUCUGCCUUUUCUUACAGCUCAAACGUUUAACAUCUGAACGUCAGCUUUGAGCUAAAGGACAAUUAUAACACUUGUGAAUACUUUAUCUGUAUAUAUUGUACUGCUCUUGAAAUAAUAAAUCAAAGAAAUUAA